AUGACGUUUCCAAACUUCUCUCGGAAGAGAAAAAUGGCGGAUGCAAUUGCUGGUCCGAAAGACAUCACCACGAUAUUCAAACGUUUGAAAUCUCAACCCGACAAUAAGACGUGCUUUGAUUGCGGACACAACAAUCCAACAUGGGCAUCAGUAACUUACGGAGUAUUUCUAUGUAUCGACUGCUCCGCUGUUCACCGAUCACUUGGUGUUCACUUAACCUUUAUUAGAUCCACCCAAUUGGACACAAACUGGACAUGGCUACAACUGAGGGCAAUGCAAGUUGGCGGAAACGCAAAAGCGAAUGCCUUCUUCAGACAACACGGUCUCUCAACUGAAGACACAUCUGCUAAAUACAAAAGCCGUGUGGCUGCGAUGUACAGGGAAAAAAUUGCAACAUUAGCAACAAAGGCCUUACAACAAUAUGGAACCCAGGCACUUUUGGACAGUCACCAUGGACCCCAGUCACCCAACUCUCCUGAUCGUAAAGAACAAGAUUUCUUCAAGGAAGUAGAGAGUCAAUCUUUUCAACAGACAGUUAUGAUACCAACAAAUGGAAAGAAUGGAAACAACUCUGGAAAUGAUUUAAACAAGAACAUGGAAGAUCUCAGUGUCUCACCACCAAAGCAGCAAGAAACCCGUGUGCCUACAAUAGGAACAAGGAAGCCAGUUACAGCCAAAAAGAAAGGGCUUGGAGCAAAGAAGGGCGGGUUAGGAGCAACAAAGGUGAAAACAAACUUUAAUGAACUGGAGUCAAAAGCCCAACAGCUGGACAAAGACAAGGAAAAAGCAGCUCUUAUGAAUGCCAAGGAAGCAGAAGCAGAGCUUACUUCUCCAAACCUAGCAUACAACCCAGUCAACUUUAAGAAAGAGGAGGAUAAGCUGCGUCACUCUGAUCCCAAAAAGGCUGCUCAGCUGGAACGCCUUGGAAUGGGUGUCAGUGGAGGCAGGAAAGGGACAACAACUCCUGGUAGAGGUCACUCAGCAUCAGCUGCUAUGGCAACUGUUGAACAAGUGAAGCCUACUAAGACCCAGCCAUCUUUUGCUGACAAACUCAGAGUGUCUUCAAACUCUAAUAUGGAUUUCUUUGACAGCUAUGGAAUGGAUGGCACAAGUUUCACUGAACCGCCUCCACUGUAUGAUAGUCCAUUUGGAUCAAGCUCUUGGGACAGAGGUCGAGAUAGGGAUGAAAUAGGUUCAUCUUUCUCCAGUGAGAGGCGCUCCAGUCGUGAAGAAAGGGUAAACAGAAAGAGAGAUUCAGAGCCUGUGAAUGUGUCAUCAACAGAUGAAGCCCAAAGAAAGUUUGGAAACUCUAAGAGCAUUUCAUCAACUCAGUUCUUUGGCAAUGACCAGGAAGAAUAUGCUAUCAAGUCACGACUGGAUCGUUUUCAAGGAUCUAACAGUCUUUCAAGUGCAGACCUCUUUGGUGAUGAUGAUAGCAGACCUUCUCGGUCAAAUGCCUCUGGCAGUUUUUCAUCAGCAGAUCUUUCACAGCUGAAAGAGGGAGUUGCUAGAGUGACUGGAAAGUUGUCAAGUAUGGCCUCAGGAAUGAUAGGAACAAUACAGAAUCGUUACAGUGGGUCCAGUUGAAGAUUGUUUCAAGCUUUUGCAAUUAACUAGGGGAAUUUAUCAUCUUUGGUAAUAAUCUUACCAAAGGAUGAUAGAAUUGGAAAAGUCACAAAGGCAGAAUCCUUCCUUUUUGAUAGAGUAUUUAUUUCAUUUUAUUCUUUUCCUUUGGUUG